AUCAAUAAUCCACUUCUGACCCUGGGCUGAGUUUCAGUUUGAGACACUUUGAUUUUUGGCCGAAACAUUUAAAACUGACUUAUCAGAACGUGUGGGUACUCUCAGGACACUACACACAACAAGGUUUCUAAGCCAUCAAAGGUCUCUAUGCAGUUUAAUGCAGCCUCCUCCUUGAGCUCCUGUUCCACCUAAGCGAUGUCCUGCGGCGUCUGGCCAUGAAUUUUUCAUGGCACUUUUUAGCGUCCACUAUCAGGCCCUGUUCCCGCGAUGAUCCCCAGUUGGAGCGCUGCAUCAUCGACGCUGUCUACAAAAUCAGGCCACUGCUGGUCCACGGAGAUCUGGGAGAUGGCUACAAAACACCGCCUCUGGAGCCCUUGGCCCUCGACGACAUCGAACUGGGCAGGAGCAGCCAGUUCCAAGCCGUGUUCCAGGACCUCGAGGCGAUUGGGGGCAGUAACUUCAUUAUAGAUCGCCUAAUUGCCAAGCCGAUGGACAUAGCGUACGAUCUUUGGAUUACCCUCCCGCGCAUUACCUUCAGGGGCAAGUACUCGCUGCACCUCAACCUGCUGCUCUUAGACAUCAAAGGGAGGGGGAACAUGCAGGGCUUCUGCGAGAACGCGAAGGCCUCGGUCAAGAUGCGCGGUACCCGCUACCAGCGAGAUGGACAGGAAUUUGUGAAGUUCACCAAGAUGACCAUGCGAAUUCAGUUCAAGGACUUUAAACUGAAACUCGAUAACCUCUUCAACGGCGACCGGAUUCUCGGCGACGUGGGCAACAGCCUCAUCAACAACAACCAGGACCUGUAUCUGAACGAGAUAGUACCGGGUCUGGAGCGCGGUCUCUCCAAGAAGUUCUUGGACGUGGCGAAUGAAAUCCUGGCCACGGCGACCUUCGAUGAAAUGUUCCCGCCGGGGAAAACUAUAAUCAAUCCCAUAUCGUUCCCCUCGCAGCCCCCCCUGUCGGGGCUGGGUCCAUCCAUAUUCGAGACUCCUUUCGCAUCCAAAAAUCCGGAGGGAAGCAUCUUAGCUCAACUGCCACCUAGAAACUAACAAAGACUUAUUCUUACGGAUUAAAUAUUGUGUAAAAUGUA